UAUCGGACUAAUGCUAUUAUAGUCUCCGUCGGAUACAGUUGUAUUCGUUGUAGGAUUGUGGUGUGGGGCACUGAGUGGUCAUGUCACAAAUGGACCCAGACAGUUCUACUUUGUGAUUCCUGAUGUUUGUGAGGGUAUUGUUGGAUAUAAAUCAUGGACCGGGUUUCUUGAUAUUUUGACCUUAGCAGAUGCCUGUGGUGAUGUCCAUUCUAGGCUGACGUCCUAGAGAGGAGAUCAAGCCCUAGAGCACAGUCUCCUAUGUCCAUCCGUCUGUCCGUCCACAGACCCGAGUUGACCAUGCCUGUCCUCACUGAGUCCUCCCAAAGACCAGCCUGCAUGCCCGGAUCUAAGGACGAAUGCUUCCUGCCACGAAUCUCACAACGAGGCUCCUGCUCUGACUCCGACUCAGUUGUUGAAUGCAGAAGAGGAGCAAUUGCCCGAGUUCCGCCCAGUGCUGCUACGUCUGUGUCCAGUAGUCCAGUCAAGCUACCAGCCAUAUCCGGGAAGGCAAAGUCCAAUAGUGUUUCCAGUCUUUCCAAUGGGAUGUCUCCUACCCGGAGAGAGGACCAGAGAUCCAAUCUGUGCCGCUCUCCGAGCUGUCCCUCCAACCUGGGAUUCUGGUACGAUCGUGACGGGGAUACUGAGACACCAACUCCGGUUGACAACGGUUAUUCAUACCCAGUCUCUCAAAUUUCGAAAAGAGAUUCUGGAGAUUUGAAGUUACCGAACAUCAAAGAUCGGAAUUCAAUGUGUAGUGGAGCAAGCCAGAUCACUGUCCGGAGUCUGGCCACUCAGAGAAGUCCGACAAAGUUGAACCGAGAUAUCAGUCCUCACACUUGUAGACGGGACACGUCUGUAUCUCUCUCCCUCAAUCGGGACGUCACAAAGGACAUACCCACUCCUCGAGCUGAAAACGUACUUGACAGUCAAAGGUCAAACACCCAAAGUGCACUUUUACUUCCCAUUCGGAAUUCGGAAUCCAGGUUGUCUCUCAAAGGCAAAAGGAAAAAGAAGAAAAAACAAGGUUCUCGUCAGAACACCGAUGUCAGUAUUAACUCCGAGAACACUGUGGUUGGGUCGGGGGCUUCCGAGAAUUUCGAACAAAUCAAAACCAAGAUGGAAGCCAUUGAUGCACGCGGAUAUUUCUCCGACGCCGAGGAAUCGGGGAUGAGUGACGAACGAUUCAUUACCAAAGUCAAGGAAGAGAACCAUGUAUCAAAAGGCAAGGAGGGUGUUGUCAAAGUCAACAAGCGUCAUAAGCUAAAGAAAAGGAUGACGGAUAACAACUUGUACUUUGAGCGGGAGUUAACGCAGGUGAAUGCAUGACUUCAAUACUUGCAAUGAUUAACCUAACCAAGGACAAAAGUGUUUGCUCAAAUAUGUACAUGUGUAUAUAUGGCUUUAAGAGUCGGUUCAGGACGUGGCGACUGUACAAAGAUAACUUUAGUUGUGUUUUAAAAUCAAACGUUUUCGAGAAAGUGCUUCUGUUCUAUAUUGUUUACCUCAAUGUAGAAGAUAAUCAAAUAUGAGAAACGCGUGUUUCUAUGCUCAUACCAAGGCUGUGAUAGAUGCAGAUAUUUGUAUAUAAGGAUGUUGUGACGAUAUAUGUACCUACUUUGUCAUGCGUUCCGUACUAUAGAGACAAUGAAUACAAUGUUACACGUGUAUUGCCCAGUAUGUGUGAGAUGUGUGUUAUUUAUAACAGAGCAACUGGUACGGUGUAAUUCAUUUAAUUUAUAUUCCAGUACCCGCACCCAGCUCAGCUACAGAAUACUUCAGUAACGAAUGUUUGGUUGGCUUAAUGGUCAAUGCGUUCACACGAAACCAGUUUCAUUUGUAACAUUGGUAAAUUGUGACAAAUUUAUGUUGGUUUCCACCGUAAUGAUACCAAACGUACUCACAUUUAAAUCAAGCUAAUUUGGUACGCGGAUAGGGUAAUUACUAAAGGAACGAUACAUAAUAGAGCUUUAACAACAUGAAAAACAUUCCAAAUCAUAAUAGAGUUUUCUUGGAUCAUGUAAGGAGUUUACAUUUAUACAACAAUUGCAAACCUGAGUAGUUUUUGUUAUUACAUUCCUGUCGAACCUGAAAUGUCCCUGUUUAAGUCAGACCAGGAUUAAUGAGGUAUCGAUAUUUAUCAUGUGUAUUGCGAUAGUAAUCAAAGGAAAUUCAAUGUUUGUGACUGACACAUUCUAGUGCAAUCCUGUUUUCACUGAAUGAGACGAAUAUAGAAGAAAUAAGUAAGAAGUAAACCUUUCAAGAAGCACGCAAGGCGACUUUGAUAACUAUGAAAUGAUACUCACGUGCCAAAAUGAUUCCAUCCUAAUGAUUAUCAAUUUCAUUCGAAUACACUUUAGAUGCUGUUUAUGUUUAGAUGCUGUUUAAGUUUUCAUUAUUUCUUUAUGCAAAGUAAGUUCUCUGAAACACUAUGCAUAUUUCAAUCGUCCAGUAACAUGUUUGUCUCAAAGGAACAAUAUCAAACAAGAUUCAGUCCCAUAUGAUAUAAUUCUAUAGUAAAAUUUAUAUAUUUUUCAUGUAUUUUGCUGAAGGAAAUUCAUAUGUAUUAGGUAUUCUGGUCCAAUAAAACAAAAUACGUUUUGAUGUGUACCUUACAAUAGCGAAGAUGCCAGAAUGCUAUCUCUGUUAUUUCUUGAAACCAUUAUAUAAACCUUUUGAUUUUAGCUUUUUCCUCCGCCAUGUUGCCUUGUCAAGCAAUUGUCUUUUAACUUUUAAUUUCAAAAAGAUGUCUUUAUUCGUUUGAGGGUGUUUUUGUGUAAAUUAUUAGUUUCGCAAUGAUAUCUUUUUUAAAAAGUCAGCCACGUCAUAUCGUAUCAUCAUAAACAUGUUAUUAGUUGUCACAUGUAUGUAACUAUUUUGCAACCCCGUCCAGUAUAUGUUUGUGAUCUCACGAAAGAUUUGCUAUAUAUUAUAUGUUAUUCUAUUUUGCUGAAGUAUGUAAAUAACUUAUGUUUUAUCGGAGAGAUUUGCAAUGCCCUUACAAUUCCGUCCAAGGACUUUGAUUAAAGUAUGCUCCGUCCAGUAUCAUAUGUAUUGCCAGCAUUGGUUUACUGUGUUGUGUGUUUCUAUUUGACCCUGUUAAGUCUGUCAUCUUGCAUGCACCCCAUCCCUCAACCAAUAAAGUACAUUCGUAUACUU